UUCGUUAUGUUGCAUUUCGUGAAUGUUGGCAACACUUGAGGUCUAAACGAGAGCAGAAUAUUUUGUGCGUUCUAUAAAUAUGUAAUAGGGGCGUGUGCUGGUGUUAUGUUUAUAAGCAUUAACGUCUGAAAUCAAAUGUCGUGUUUAGAAUUGAGGAUCCCUAAACGGGCAAAGUUUAUACAGUCAAAUUAUGAAAGGAACAUAAACAGAAGCAGACUAUUAGGCUGGGCAGAUGAGACACUUUCAAAACUAAAAUCAGACAGAAAUUUUCUAAGGCGAAAAGUAAAGAAGACCAAUGAUGAGGAGAACGCAAGUGUUGACUCUGAUAUGACAUCUUCAAAAAAAGAUAAAUGUGUAAGGGAAGAAAUCUCUCAGUUGAAAUCAAAUGAAGUAGCAACAUACGUUUCAGAAAUUGUGACUUCAAAAAUGAAAAGAAAGAUACAGCAUAUGGCAUUCGAUGGCAGUAUCACAAGAGAGAAGCAGAAAAGCAAAGCUUCAGAUAAGGAACGUAUAACUAAUAAUGAAGCAGAUGAGAAUUGUGAUAAGCAUUAUGAAUUAAAAUCUAAACAUAAGUUGGAUGAAUCAUUCAGUGAAGACCAAGAAGGUGAUCUUUGUAGGCAUGAAAAAUGUACAAGGAAUAGGAAGAAAAGGGAGUAUAAUGAAGGGAAAAUUUUGGAAAACACCUGUACAGAAAACCUAUUGUCAGACUUCAAAGAAAGAUCAAAGAAGAGGGACAAAGUGAUGGAACAUUACAGAUCUCAAGGAGUUAGUUGUCGCCAUUUUUGUAAAUGUGCCUCAAAACAAAUUAGAAGUCAGAAAUUAAAGAAAUAUAGAACACCUGAAGAUUUUUAUUCAGUUAAUGAAAAUGAUUCCGCUUCAGAGAAAGUGAAAAAUGCUGCUACAUGUAAACAAGAUAAGAUAAAAAAAUUAAAACAACCAUUGAACAGUAUAUUAGAAGAGGGUGACCAAUUAAGUGAUGCAGAUAUACCUAGAGAAGAUCUGAAAGAGAAGAAAAAAGAAAAGAGGUACUGUACACAUUCAGUUUCAGAGGAAUGUAUCUCAGAAAAAAAGAAACUGAAAAAAUAUAAGCUAUAUACACAGAAAUAUAAAUCUGAUGAAAAUAUGUCUACUUCAAGAAGAGAGAGUGAGAUGAAUGACAGAGAAAAGGAGGCAUUUGAAGGAUGUUGUGGUUUGUGUGAAAAAAUCAAAAGAAAAAAGCACAAACAUGACCAUACGUUCAACGAAAAAUGGGAAGAAGCAAAAAAAUUGAGUCAUUGGCAUAGUUCCUGCAAAACUGAAUUUGCUUCAAGUAGAAGAGAACAAAAUAAUGGCACAGAAAAUUCUCCCAACACCAAAGAAUACAAGAGAAAAAGGAAAACUGAAAAAGAUGAUGCAUACAGUGAAACUGAAAUUAUUUCAGAAGGAGCUAAGGAACACAGUGAAUAUGGUUAUUAUGACGACGGUGAUUCAAGGCCAGGAAAGUGGAAGAAGAGAAAGAAGGAAAAAGAAAAUUAUGAGGUUUAUGAAAAUAUAGCAGAUUUAGAAGAGAGGGGUAAGAAGAGAAUGUAUUCUGAUAGAAGUGGUAUAAAUGCAAUGGAAGCUUCCUCUGUCCAAGAAAGACAAAAGAAGAAACACAAAGAAGCAGAAAAAGACAAAUAUUGUCAUUUGCCAGUUUACAUAGAAGGAAAAGGUAAAAAGAACACAAAGAAUAAUACACCCAAAGAAAAUGCUAGUACCAGUGAUGACCUGAAGACAGACAGGAAUAAUGUAAAUGCAGUGGAAGCCUGUUCCACCCAAGUAAAGCAAAAGAAGAAACACAAAAAAGUUGAGAAAGAAAUUUCUAAUAAUUUAUCAGUUGACAAAGAGGAAGGAAGUAAAAAGAAGAGAAAGAAGAAGAGGCACGAAGAAAAUGCUGGUACUGAGGAUAACCUGAAGACAGACAGAAAUGAUGUAAAUGCAAAGGAAGCUUCGUCAGUCCAAAAGAAACUAAAGAAAAAACACAAAGAAGUUGAAAAAGAAAAAUAUUAUAAUUUAUCAGUUGACGUGGAGGAAGAAAAUAAAAAGAGUAGGAAAAAGAAGAGACAUGAAGAAAGUGCUGGUACUGAGGAUAACCUAAAGACAGACAGGAAUGAUGUAAAUACAAUGGAAGCUCCACCAGUCCAAGGGAAACAAAAGAAAAAAAGCAAAAAAAUUGAAAAAGAAAAAUAUUACAGUUUAUCGGUUGACAUGGAGGAAGAAAUUAAAAAGAAUAGGAAAAAGAAGGGGCAUGAAGAAAGUGUGGGUACUGAGGAUAACCUAAAGACAGAUAGAAAUUAUGUAAAUGCAAUGGUAGCCUGUUCCACCCAAGCAAAACAAAAGAAGAAACACAGAGAAAUUGAGGAAGAAAAUGAUUGUAAUUUAUCAGUUAACAUAGAGGAAGGAAGUAAAAAGAAAGGAAAGAAGAAGAGGCAUGAAGAAAAUGCUGGUACUGAGGAUAACCUAAAGACAGACAGGAAUGAUGCAAAUGCAAUGGAAGCUCCAUCAGUCCAAGAGAAACAAAAGAAUAAACACAAAGAAGAUGAAAAAGAAAAAUUCUGUAACUUAUCAGCUGACAUAAUUGAAGAAAGUGAAAAGAAGAGGCAUGAAGAAAAUGUCAGUACUGAUGCUAGCCAGAAGACAGAUGAGUAUGUGGAAGACCCUUCAUUAUUGGAUGGUGCAUCAAGUAAUAUAAAAUAUUCUGUGAAAGGAAGAUAUAAUUCCAGCAAUACAAGUCAGCGUCAUGCAGAGGGAAUGGAAUCAAUAAAAUCUAAGAGAAACAAAGCUGUAUCAGUAAUCUCAAAGGAAAAAACGUGGACUGAAACUAAAGGCUGUGCAAUAAUAGAAGGUGACCAAAAAUCUAAUCAGUCUCCAGAAUCAAUGCAAAGCGUAGGCAACUUUAAAAAAAACGAAAGUAACUGCAUGCAAAUAAAUGCAUCGCAUGACAAAAAUAUUAAAGAAAGCAGAAAAACAUCCAAUUUUGGUUUGUCGCCAAUUUUUAGGUUAUUAGCCACUGAACCUGAUUUCAGUAAUGCCACACAUGUUUGUCAGACUUGCAGAUGUAAAUCGCAUCCUGAUGUUACACCCAGUGAGAGCAAUGCAGGUGUAACUGAGAACAUCGGUAACGUUGUUAUUAAAAUUGAACCAGGUGUAAGAAUUAAACAAGAAAAAGAGGAUAUUGACAACAGUGAACCUCACAUUAUGGAUCAGCAGGUAUUAGCUGUGAAAAAAGAGUCACAAACUGAACUGGACACAGAUUGCAUGAAUAGAACAGAUGAUGCUGUAAGAAACAUGGAAAGCAAUGAUAUAUCCAUGGACAAUUUAAGUGAUAAGGAAAUGGAGGGAUCUGCAGGAAAUGGUAUUGUUCAAAAUGAAUAUUCAGUUGUGAAAGAAGGUAUGGAGAUACAUAAAACUGACAAUGAGUAUGGUAUAGGGGAAUAUGUGGAAGGCUUCAGUGAUGAAUGUGUAGUAAAUGGAAAUAAAGAAACAGAUAUUGACACUCCUUUUCAUAAUAUUUAUGAUGAUAAGAUAACUGUGAAGGAAGAAAUUUAUCAUUUGACAAAUACGUGUUAUUAUCAAAAUGACAGCAGAAACUAUGCAGAAGAUACAUCAGAUGUAAACUUAGAUUUUGUAGGAAAGCAGACAACUGCUUGCACGGGUAAUACUAAUGAACUUACUACAGUUGGUGUUUUAGGUAGUACUUACAGCACAGUGACAAAUGUGCAUAGGACUGCAAGUGUACAAGAAGUGAAUGGAUUAAAUUUAGAUGCUGUGCUAAAGUGUGAACAAGCUACUUUGAAUGAACCACAGAAUAGGUUCAUUUUAGACAUAAUUCCAAAAGCAGCAAAUAUACAAAAUACUACAUGGAAUGAAGAUGAAGCAGGCAGCUCGUAUUGGUCAUCUGUAAAUAUAAAUGAGCAGCAGACAUCUCAGUUCAAUGAUAUUGAACCAUUUAGAACUGGCCGAGUCAAUUUCACAUAUGUUCCAACAUGGUGGAAGAGAGGACGGAUUGCAAAGGUACUAGGUGUACCUGUUAAAGCUGUGCGUAUUUAUUCCAAUCACUAUGGCCCCAAUUGCCACAAGAAGUAUGUAAGCGUAAAUUUCCCAAAUCCUCAGUGUCUGAAGAAAAUCAUGAGUUGUGCACACAGAAUUCCAUCCUCAGGAUGGUUUGUGACAAGAGGAUUGGAACGUUGGGCAAGAGUACAACAAAGACGUUCGGAGUCAUUCCACCAGUAAAUAUUUUUUAUUGACAUUUGUUGCAUAUGGAGAUACUUGUAUGUCACAUUAUGAAUGAAGAAUGUAUGCAGAAAAAGAUUUCUUUUGUAUAAUAAUAAAAUUUCUUCUUGAGCAGU